AUGCCCCCGAUCCCCAAGAACGUCAUCAUCACGGGCGCCGGCGGCCUCGUCGGCCCCCUGCUCGCCACGCGCCUCCUCAACGACCCCUCGUACCGCGUAGUCCUCACCGACCUAGUGGACCCAGUCGUCCCAUCCGGCGUCGCGCACCCGGAGAACGCGACGUGCCUCAAGGGCGACAUCACCUCCGCGUCCUUCGUGCAGUCCCUACUCGCGGCCGCGCAGCCGCUGUCGGCCAUCUUCAUCUUCCACGGCAUCAUGUCGGCCGGGUCCGAGGCCAACUUCGACCUGUCGCUGCGCGUGAACGUCGACAGCGUGCGUGGUUUGCUGUUAGCGCUGCGCGACACGAGCCCCGGCGUGCGCGUCGUCUACAGCAGCUCGCAGGCCGUGUACGGACAGCCGCUGCCGGCGGUAGUGACGGAUUCCGUGACGCCGACGCCGGAGGGGACAUACGGCGCGCACAAGCUGCUCACGGAGAUCUUCAUCAAUGACAUGCACCGCAAGGGGUACGUCGACGCCUUCAUCCUGCGCUUCCCGACCGUGGUCGUGCGCCCGGGGCUCCCCUCCAACGCCGCCUCGUCGUUCCUGUCCGGCAUGAUCCGAGAGCCCAUGAAGGGCGAGGAGUGCGUGAUCCCGCUGCGGGACCGCUCGUUCCGUUCCUUCAUCUGCUCGCCGAGCAGCCUGCAGGAGAACCUGGUGCGCGUGCUGCACAUGGACUCCGACAAGCUGCCGAGGCACAUCCGCCACAUCAAUAUCCCCGGCGUGUCGGUCUCGACGCAGGAGCUGAUGGACGGGCUGGCCAAGUAUGGCGGCGAGGACAAGCUGAAGUACCUGAGGGAGGAGACUAAUCCGGAGCUGGAGAGGAUAUUGCGGAGCUGGUCGCAGGACUUUGAUACGACUACGCCGCUGAAGUUGGGAUUGGUCAAGGAUGAGCGAGGUGAGGACCUUGUGAAGGAGUACAUUGACUCGCUGAAGAAGUAG